AUGAAUACACUAUCAGUGAGGGCUCCCCUGCGGGCUGCAGCAAGGCCGCAGUACCUGCACCUGGCCGUACGAACCUACUCGGGCGUUGUAGCAACAACGUUCAAUGCUCCAUGUGGGGUCAACAAGCGCACAUCCACAUUCAGCCUCACAUCCAAGCGCCCUAUUUCGUCAACACCCAAGAGCCAGAUUAAAGAUUACUUUCCAGCACCAGAGACUCCAAAUGUCAAGGAGGUGCAAACAACAUGGGUGCAUCCAGUAUACACCGAGUCGCAAAUGCGAAGUAUUCGCAUUGCCCACAGACAAACUUCAAAUUGGUCCGACUGGGCUGCCCUAGGAGCUGUACGCUUCUUUCGAUGGGUCGUGGACACGGCGACAGGAUACAAGCAUCCCAAGCCCGGCGAGGAACUACCGCCCAAGUUCAAAAUGACUGAGGAAAAAUGGCUCAAGCGGUUUAUUUUCUUGGAAAGUAUAGCCGGUGUUCCCGGGAUGGUGGGCGGCAUGCUGCGACAUCUUCGUAGUCUUCGCAGGAUGAAGAGAGACAAUGGAUGGAUUGAAAGCCUUCUUGAAGAAGCAUUCAACGAACGCAUGCACCUGCUUACCUUCCUGAAAUUGGCCGAACCAGGCUGGUUCAUGCGGGUGAUGGUCAUCGGCGCCCAAGGUGUCUUCUUCAACGGCUUCUUCCUGUCAUACCUGAUCUCCCCGCGCAUCUGCCAUAGAUUCGUGGGAUACCUUGAGGAGGAGGCUGUCAUUACUUAUACCCGUGCUAUUGACGAACUGGAGGCUGGCAAUCUGCCAGAGUGGAACGAUCUCGAUGCACCCGAUAUUGCGAUCAAAUACUGGCAAAUGCCGGAGGGUCAGCGUAAAAUGAAGGACCUGCUGUUAUUCAUCCGCGCCGACGAAGCCAAGCAUCGCGAGGUCAAUCACACCCUCGCAAACCUCAAGCAGACUAAGGAUCCCAACCCCUACCAGAUUGAGUACACCGAUCCGAGCAUAAGCCACCCCACGAAGGGCAUUGAUAACCUGAGGCCAGAGGGUUGGGAUCGCAACGAGAUCUUUAUGGGUGAACCAAGAACGGGGAAGUCGUGA